UUUUUAAGUGUUUGUAAUCGAUAACUAAGAAAAAGAAAAUCCUACAUGAUCUUGAUGUCACGAUGGACUCCCGCAAGGAGUAUCAAGUGAUGACUUUUGGGGAUUAGCUUGGCUUGUAUAACAACGAAAUCAAUUCUCGAUGUAAAAGCCAACAUAACUGAUUAAUUGCUGGCUGAAUUUAAUAACAUUAAAAUCUGACCUUGUUUUGAAACAAACCGGUAGCGGACUACCCAGGUUACCAUAGAAACUACAAGAACAGUUAUCUUUAGAAUUACCUCCUGCACCACCCAAGGGAUUUAGAGCUACACAAAUGGCUUUGUCGUGAUUACAAAAACGCGCCCGUAAGAUGCAAAUCGAUUAAAAUAAUAGUAGAAUAACUGUUAUUAAGGGACUUAAGCUUUUGUGUUCGGCUUCUUUCUUGUUUUGCUGCUUGGCCGACAAGAUACUGCUUUUAAUUACAUUUGAAUGAUUACUCAACUGGUCGCGGCUCAUCAGUUCGUUUGACACUCAGCUAGAAAAAUCAAUAUUUGAAUUGAGAAGAGGACAACUAUAUUAACGUUAUAAUUCGUGAUAUGAACUGUUACUUUACUGUGAAAGACUUGUGAUCAAGAAAGAUUGGAACACGCAGAUAUGGCUGUGGGCGAAGGAAGAAAUUCGACAACGGCACAUGGAAUAAGAUGGUUCUCAACUGAGGUGAACAAAAACUUCAUAGGAAAACAAAACAGGUUGAAAAAAGACAAGAAGCUCUCUGAGUUUGAAGCCUUUUCUAAACUCGCAGAUCGGAAAAGGGAAACAAAAUCUCAAGCCGGCUUUUUCGCCAAUUACAACAGGACGGAAUUUUCUCGGGAUAUGAUCCGUUCGCCCGUGGAAAAACCUCCACGAAUUCGGAAGCAGUCCCUAAUCACAGAUGCGAUCGAUACGAGACUGCUACAGAAACAAAGCGAAAAGUUGGAAUACAAUUACGUUGUUGUGGAAGAAACUGAGCUUGAGAAGUCGACAAGAGAACGGUUGAUACGCGAAGUAAAGCAGCAAAAUUGGGUGGAAAACGAGAUGAAUGCUCACCAAGAAAGCUCAUUAUCUUCGCCGAGUUUAUCACAAAGACAAAACAGCGCAGCUACACUUGACGGUGAAAAACACUUUAACAGUAGAUCUUUGAUGAGCUUUGCACCCAGAGUACAGUACUUCAAUCAUAUGGUACACAUGGAUAAAGGCGAGUUUUCCAAACAAUUCUGCGACGUCCUAGGUCCUGGUUUGUGUACCCUUUGCACAAAGUCGCAAAUGCAGCAAUUUGUCAUCGACGAACACACCCGAAGCUUUCCGGACAUUUGUGUGUCGCCGUACGUUUUAUGCGUACCGCAAGAAAGCGAAAGAGACAUAAAAACCUCGUUCUCAAUCUAUAAAGAAUGCGAUCCGCUCCAACGGAGAAGACCGUCAACAGUCUCACCCACUCACAACAUAAACGGCUUGAAAACGCGUCCAAAUAGUUGCGUCCAUGUCAAAACGCGUGUAACUGGGUCAACGUUCGAUGCUCACUGCAUUUCGAACGAAAGUAGCACUCAGGGCUUAGAACCUCAUCAUCAAUUUCGCAUAGAGACGCCGAUUUCGUCGCUCUGUAGCUCGAGAAGAUCAAGUAUAACGAGGAAUUUGAUGGAUUCAAAAAGUCAAGAAUUGUGCGCGAGAGAGGAAGGUUCCGACGAAGUUGUUGAACGAGUUGUCACUCCGAACAAACCACGAGUAAGAAUCUCUCCUGAACUCGACUGGCCCAGAACUGACUAUAAAGAUAGAAAAAGCAAUAAGUUAGAUCCGAAUUGUUUCAGUAAAAGAAGCGCAGCACCUCGUUCUUCAUCGAGACUGAAUGCUACAAGAUCAAGAAGUUCGAUGUGCAAAACUCCCUCCAUUGAAAGAACAGGAAAACUCCGUGAGUUACCUUACUGGAAGUUUUUAAUACCCGAGCCCCCCAUGAUGGAAGUCGGACGAAUGAAUGUAAGCAUUUAUACUCCAAAACAGAUUCCAGGAAUUAAGAUUUUUGAUGAAACAUUUUUUGAUAUUUGAAAUGUAAUAUUGAAAGAAGUCUCUAGGCCACCUUGUCAGGUCUAGUAAGUAGAAGCUAUGAUAAUGAUAGGUCCUCCUGGAGAGGUCAUUUUAAAAAGGUUGUAAAGUUUUGAAAACUCAGCUUCAAAAUGACAUAAUUAAACAGUCAUUAGUAAGGCAAAUGACAACAAAUCAUAC